AUGUUUCCUCUGGCGCAAUCGUCGUCCUCGCAACAACAAUAUGUCCAUGUGCCAACGUCAGAUGUCUCCCACGAUCCCGGAUUUGCCAACGAGAAGCUCCUCAGCGUAGCUCCCGAACGACCUUGGUCAAGAUAUGUGAAAUUCACAGGGCUUGUCUGCGCUGCCGUUCUCGGUUUGUCCGCGGUUUUUUCUCUGGGGUACACAUCGGGUUAUCACAGGCGACCUGGUCUUUCACGCACUGGGACACCGGCUGAUGCGUCGGGGAGCUGCGAGAAGCCAUACUUCAGAAGGGAAUGGAGGAGCCUCUCGAAGCAGGAGAAGAGAGACUACCUUGAUGCCUUCCAGUGUUUCAUUGACUCGCCGUCUGUAAUGGGUCUGAACGGAUCGCUGUACAACGAUUUCUCCUGGGUCCAUAACCUCGUCGCCCACAGCACCCACACGAAAGCCCCUUUUCUGACAUGGCACCGACGCUUCAUCUUCGUUUACGAAAAGUAUCUCCAAAAGUCAUGCGGAUACAAAGGGGUAAUCCCAUUCUGGGACUGGACCCUUGAUUGGGACGACAUCACCAACUCGCCCAUAUUCGACAGCAAGCUCGGUUUCGGUGGCGACGGAGAUCCCAAAGCGCCCAAAUACCAUGACGCCCACUGUGUCACCGACUUGCCGUUCGAGAAUCUGAAGCCGCAGUGGCACGGGAGCAUGUAUGACCCUCAUUGCCUUGCACGGUCGUUCAAUGAGGACUGGUACGCGCACUACAUGAACCCGGAGGCUUUAGAAAAGGUUAUGGCAGCGACGAGCUUCGAAGAGUUUUAUCUCGCCUUAGAGAUGGGACCCCACGACAUCAUCCCGCUGGGGAUCAGGGGAGAUUUCACUGCCUUCACCGCACCCAACGACCCCAUAUUCUAUCUCCACCAUGCUCAGCUUGACAGGGUCUGGUGGCUUUGGCAGAUGCGAGACAAGAAGAAUCGAGUGCAAGACUAUGGCGGUGUGGGCGAUCGUGGUAAUGUCAGUUUAACCGAUACACUCCCGCUGGCAGGCUUGGAUACAGACUUGACAGUAGCCGAUAUAAUGGAUACGGAGGGAGGCGAACUGUGCUAUCGAUACAUGUAUUCAUAG